AUGGGCUGUGCACCAUCUUACGGACAGAACGAAACUUCCUAUACUGACCCCACUGAAUUGCUUGCAUUGCAUCGAUUUACCGACGUUGAUCUCAACAAUACAAAUCGACCACUACUCACUGAUUCAGAUUUGAGAAAACCUAUCGUCUCCCUUGAACAAGCUCUGGAACCCAUUGUUCCUCCAAUUGAUCCUCAUUACAUAAGAAUGGCCAAAAAAAAUUGUCAUUUUCCAUCAGAGCACGGCCUCACUCGUGAUGAAUCCGCCGCUAUUUAUCUCUACACUAUGCUAUAUGGCGAAAAUUGUGUUUAUGACCAGUUGAAUGAAGCAUUGCAAUCUAAAAAUCGAUCUCAAAUCAUACCUUGGCUUCUCUAUCUCACCUUGUUGAAAUCUGGAAUCGAUAAAUUACCUAAUGUGACAAAAGAAAUUUGGCGAGGAAUGUACGGUGAUGACAUGAAUGUAAUAAAAAAUAAUACAGAAAUGAUCUGGUGUGGUCUAAGUUCUGGUUCAACGUCAUUUCAUGCUAUCAAAGAACAUCUCGGCCCCAAUGGAAUUCUCUUUAGAAUCGACUCUGUUGAUGGGAAGAAUGUAACUGGUUACACCACUUCUGAUUUGGAGGAAGUGUUAUUGUGGCCCGGAAUGAAAGUGCGUAUGGAUGGCACUCCGAUCAUGAUUGCCGAUGGUUUAUAUGUUGUGUGUCUAGUAGGAGCAAAUGGUAAGCGUUAA